AGCUCAACCUCAACCAUCAAUGGCGACCAUCUUCAUUCUCUGCUGCUGCUUCUUCUCUCUCUUUUCCGCCAGCCUCCAAAGAUUCCACCUUGCCCCCUUACCUUUCUAUCCUCAUCAAAUGCCGUAAAGAUGUCGCUGGAAUCUUAAGUUCAUUUCAAGAGCUUGUGGUGGAUAUCCGACAUUUGGCGUUAUUGUGAAAUUAUACGCUGAUUGUGGAUGAAAAAUAUGUUCAGGCUUAUAAAAUGGUGAGGCUGACACCUGAAAUUGUUCCAAUUCUGGAAGGCGAGUUUGGGCACCGUGGUCAAGAAGUAAUAUUCGACAGCUUUAUGGGACUAGUAAUGGAUGCUUUGGCCAAUCUAAUGGGUUAGAGGAAGUAUAUAGCAUUAGAAGUACUUAUAUAUGUGUAGGCAGAACUUUUUUCUUUCCUGGGGGACUACAGGACGCGCAAAAGUCGAUAAAAAAAUGGUCAGGUUAGUUUUCCAGGAUGUUGAUGAAUUUAUCUUUAAUAUGCAGGACUCGUUUUCGGAAGCUCUUUUAAGUUUCGGUGCAAAUUCUGUCAGUAUGGAUGAGCAUGAUGACUACGAGGACUCUGAUGAGGUCAGCAUUUGUUCGAUAUUCGCUGGGGAUGGAGAUGUGACUUCAUGCAUAUCGUAUGCUGCUGAUUCCAUUGGCAUAGAGAUGCCAAUUUUUGAACACUUGAAGUAUGAUCCCUAUGACUGGAUUAAAAGAACUCAGUACGUACAAAUCAGCACAAAUGAAUGUGUUGUUUACAGUGAGGUGUCAAUGAUUAUACCACACUGCACCACAGCAGUUUCCAAAUACCUCAAGGCAUAUGCUACCCGUCUAAGUAUCGUUAUCCUCAGCAAAGAGAUUGCAUGGGAAGGAAUGAUUCAGUUGGCUAAAAAGAUAUCUCUAGAGGAAUCAUUUGAUCCGGUAGAAGUAACCACUGGCCUCUGGGUUGUGCCAGAGUGGAAAACUCCUCCUGAUGCACGAGCGACAAAUAUUAUUCUGAACCCUGGUUUAGCUUUUGGAACUGGAGAGCAUGCCACAACCAAGAUGUGUCUGCUGUUGCUACAUCAAACUGUACAAGGAGGUGAAAACUUCUUAGACUAUGGCACAGGGUCUGGAAUUCUCUCCAUUGCAGCUUUGAAGUUGGGUGCUGCUUUGUCAGUUGGAGUUGAUAUUGAUCCUCAAGCAAUAACAGCUGCGCGUCAGAAUGCUGAACUCAACAAUAUAGAACCUGAGAAAUUGAAGUUGUAUUUAGUUUCCUCAGAAGACAGUGCUUCCUUGGUGGACGAAAAGGUGCAAGAAGAUAUGCAUGCUAAGGAAUCAGCUGCAGAACAAAAUUCUAAUAACACGAAUGAAUAUGACAUAGUCAUUGCAAAUAUAUUGCUAAAUCCGCUGCUGGCAUUAGCAGAUGAGAUUGUUUCACAUGCUAAAGUAGGAGCAACUGUUGGUCUCUCUGGUAUAUUAAAUGAGCAGGUUUCAUCUGUCAUAGAACGAUAUUCACCGAUUCUGGAAGACAUUUCAGUAUCAGAGAUGGAAGAUUGGGCUUGCAUAAAGGGAAAGAAGAAGGUGGCAAUUUGAGUGCAAAUUGAACACCAUGUUCAAAUAUGGAGAGAGCAGAACUGGUUGAACUCAAAGCUGUGAAAAUGAAGAAGGAACGACUACAAGAAUGGUGAACAUGUAUGUUGCUUUGAGAAAAUGAAGCAUCAAUUACUAAAGAAAAAGGCUAAAUGGAGAACUUGUUCUCCACCGAACACGGAGGAGGAAUUUGUAUCAUGGUGUGGGUCCACAAUAAGUGGAUUUACCAAAAUGAUCUCUCUUCACAUCUUUUGGUGGAGUAAAUUUCCAAAUAACCUCACUACUUUUUAAAUAGCAGGGGCUACACUUUUGAAUAUGACAUCCGUAGCUGAAGGAGGCAUUUAUGGAAACUAAUUAUGUUAUCCUAUAGUCAAGCUGUCUAGUUCUUGAUGUAUAUAUAUUUUCUGUAAGUUGCUUGACUGUAAUUACAAGCAUGUAAGUUAGCCUGUGUUGCAAUUCACUGGGAAGCAUGUAAGCUAGAUUAUAAUAUCGGAAGUGAGGUACUAAUUGGUCUAUGGCUGGAAUUUGGUAUUUGGUCAAUCAAUUUUAAUUUCUCAUCA